UUCAUGUAGCUAUGUGUAAACUGUGUUUUUAGCUGCAUUGAUAACUCAGUGUUCAGAGCUUUAGACUGGUGCCUCGUCGCAAUUUUGCAUUGUUAAAUUCUUCAAACUUUAUUCAUUAUUCAUGAAAUUAAACCACAUAUUCGUAGGUUUAAACUUUUGCCUUGUUUGUGCUACCUCAGCGGAUUAACGUCAGCUAAGCCUGUCUGUGGUAACACUGUAAGUGAAAAGUUGAACUUGAGAAGAUUUCAGGCUGUGGAAGCUGCCAGAAAGAUGGAGGUGAGAGACUGUCUGAUUUCUGCUCCUGGAAAGGCGAUCCUCCACGGGGAACAUGCUGUCGUUCAUGGAAAGGUGGCUCUUGCUGUAAGUUUAAACCUGAGAACAUAUUUGAAGUUGAAAGCGAGGUCUGAUGGCAAAGUUUGUAUUAACCUACCUAAUAUAGACACAUUUGUCUGCUGGGAGCUGUCCGAACUGAAACAGCUGACAUCAUCAAGUGAUAAAAAAGAAGAGAUCCAACGUCUGGAUGCUGAACUGGUGAAGAGACUGCGUAAAUUUAUUGGUGUGACCAAUGAAAACUUAGACAGUAGUGCUUCAGCAAUUUUGGCCUUCCUUUACAUCUACCUGUCACUUUUUGGAUCAGGAGAUAUGCCCAGUCUGACGAUGUCUGUGUGGUCAGAGCUGCCGACCGGAGCAGGACUGGGCUCAAGUGCUGCUUAUUCCGUGUGUUUAGCUGCAGCUUUCCUCUGUGCAACCGGAAACAUUCCCACUCCCCUCAAAGAGUGGGAGCAGACUGGCAGAUGGUGUCAGGAGGAUCUGGAGCUCAUCAACAGUUGGGCUUUCCAAGGAGAGAAGAUCAUCCAUGGAAAUCCCUCAGGAGUAGACAAUGCUGUAGGAACAUGGGGUGGUAUGCUGAGGUUUUUAGCUGGAAAGAUAAUACCACUGAGCAGGGUGCCGUUGUUGAGAAUCCUCCUCACUAACACCAAAGUACCACGGAGCACCAAGGUACUUGUUGCCAGGGUGAAGGACAAAAUUAACAAGUUUCCUUCCGUCAUGAUCCCUGUGCUGGAUUCAGUCGACGCCAUUUCCUGCACCUGUGAGAAAGUCCUAACAGAGAUGACUUGUGAGCCCAUCACAGGAGACCACUAUAACAUCUUAGAGGAGCUAAUUGACAUCAACCAACAUCAUCUGAAUGUGAUUGGUGUAGGACAUCCUUCUUUAGACAUGUUGUGCCAGGUUACAGCGGCUAGAGGGCUUCACAGCAAGCUUACAGGAGCAGGUGGAGGAGGCUGUGGCAUCACACUCCUGAGACCAGAAACUGAUUCAACGACUGUUCAGGGGACGAUGAAGGACCUGAGGGACUGUGGCUAUGACUGCUGGGAAACAAGUAUUGGUGGACCAGGUGUGCAGCAGCACUUCCCUUCCUCUGUUAAAGAGGAAAUUAUGGAGGUUUUAAACAGGUACUGAGGCCUACUGGUGGCGAAACAAAAAGACUGAAUCCUACACUGUAGGACUUUUUGUUGAUGUCUCAAAACCUUUGAUAUACUUAACUAAUAAUGGGAACUGAGAGAAUGAAAGCAAAAGGAAAAAAAAUGUUUCCAAUUGAUUUUCCUGACUGAACUUUUUUUUUGUGUGUAUUUGACUAAUCAACUGGGCCUUUUUGCACAUUGGAGCAAAAUUAUAUGCAAUGAUGUAUCUGUACACUAGAUGGCAGCAGAGUGGCACAUAUUGUGUUAAUGAAUCAGGAUAAAAGUAAUACUUUAAUGGAUUAGUUUAAUAACAUUAAAUCCUCAAUUCUAUAUUUUUUACAGGGUUAAAAUCUGCUUUAGUGAAUGUAAUAAAGCUGUGUGUGAUUUUUUUUUUUCCAGGAGACAUCACUUACAAAAAAAAAAGUUUGCAAAUCCAAAUGAAGGAUUUGUUCUGGAAAUUGAUACAUGCCAGAUUGAAUAUUAAAAAAAAAAAAAUGAUGUCUAAAGUGAAAAUCUUCAGCCUCUAAAUCAUUUUGCGGUUUUAUUUAUCAAGUUAAAGACUAACAGGUUGUGUUGUUUUGCUAAUGAAGGUUGCAGAAAGGAGGACAGCAGGCGUGUGCGGCCUCUCUGGAGGAUCUGGAUUAGCAUCACUGUACUGUGAAUAAACAACAAACAGCGUCCCUCCGAGUUACACAGACACACAACAGCUUUUCCAAAUUCUCCGCCACUUUAUUGCUCAUCCUUUUAAGCAUUGCAAAAUAUGCUGCAAAUAGAGCAGAUGCAGCUGACGGAUCUGUCUGCCAUACUCCCCGAUUUGGGGAAAAGGUCACUGUGGGAGUGAAUAUCCAUUUCAUUUUUUUGUUCUUUCAAAUGUCAUGAAGAUUGAGAAGUCCAAAUCUGGCUGUGUACGUGAAUAAACGACAUUCGUCACCCCACCCGCAACCCCCCACCCCAAACCCUCUCACACUCACCCACCCUUUCUCUGUCUGCCCUCUCUGUCCUCUUGAAUUGUGUCAUCUUUAUGUCAGGGCAGCCCCCCUGUCAGCGUGCUGCACAGUUGCUCCUAACCCCUGCUGGAAUUUAAUUACCACUGCGCUUCUCAAUUUAAAUGGCAUUGAGGAGGGCGGGAAGGCAAGAAUAGCUGAGGGAUGGGGCGGAGGGGCUGGACAAGUGGGAGACACAACGAAGCCAGUUUUAUUUGAAGCCCCUCUUUUUAUUUUCUGUCUCAUUUUCUUUCAGACCUUUUUGCCCGAGUGAGGCACAGAUGGUACUUUUUUUAUAUAUCAGUGUCAGUGCUGGCUUCUUUCUGCUCUGAUGAAUAGAAUCUAAGGAGGGUCUGGGAUUAUUUCAGAUAACCAUGGGGGUGAGGAAAAGGGGUCAAGGAUAAAGAGGAAGAAUGUCAGAUUUCCAGAGAUACAGUAGGAACUGUGAGCUGCCCUUGCAGUGGGGCAGAGGAGAGGGGGGGUGGUAUGUAAAAAUCAUUUAACAUUUUAGGUGUUUGAGGGAGUUUUGUCUGUAUAAAUCUGUGCGAGUGAAACGGCAAUGAAUAAUUCAUUUUGUCCAAGCAGGAGGAAUGAAAUGCUAAAUGUGAAUUUGCUGAGUGGUCUUGCUCACUGUGGCACAUUCCCUCUGGUCCCGUGUCAACUGGUGAGAGACUUGUCAGGAACCAUUAAGACUGAAUGCAGAAUUAGACCUGACUGACAAGAUAUCAUGAAGCUGAUGUCCAGUGGUUUUGCUAAUGGGGAUUUUAGUGUGCAGCUCCAUUCACAUCCAUAGAUCAGCAUUUGUCUCUGUUAUUAUGGAAAGUGCCUGUUUUGUGUGUUUUUAUGUCGUGUGUGUGUGUCAGAGAGUGAUGAGGAAAUGGCCUCGGUAGGGGAUAUUUAGGCAACCAUUCCCCGUCAGCGUUUGUAGGAACACGGUGACAGAGGCACAGUCAACAUCACAAGCUCCUCUCUGUCAUCAUGAGGUGGAUGAUCCUCCUGGGGCUGUUUGCCCUUUUCCUAAGAAGGAGGUUGGUGGUCCACGUCGGAGGCAGGGGUCCGAAUAAGACAGCAGGAUGUGAGGAUGCUGUCAGAAACUAUUUUUACAGGGUUCCUAUGCAGUUUAGAGAAAUCUGGGAUUUCAUUGAAGCAUUCUGUAGGUGUGGAUAAUAAUAAAUAUGUAUGGUUGUGUUUUAUAGUUUUAAUUUUCUGUUACAUUGUCUAAAUGUUGCAUCAAUAAGUUAAUCUAUGCACCAUUUGCCCACGCAUCCAUCUGUCCAGUGGUUUUUGCAGGUAAAGCGUGACCACUUCAUAAAUAUGUGCAAUAAAUUUGUUGCCAUCUGAGAGGUCUUUGCUAAAAAUAAUAUUCUUAAAUCUGUCCAAAAAGUCACUGAGAACUCUUAGUGGAGUUGAGUAAAUGUCACCUCCAAUUUUUCACAUCAUAUCAAAGUUUUUAUUUUUAUUUUUCUGUCCAUCUGUCUCAAAGCCAGUGCAAGGAGCAAGAGGUGGGAAAAGAUUUUAAGUUCUAAAAAGUGGUAAAAAUAUUUUCACGUCAAUUUCUCGAGUACGGUUAGAAUUUCCAAUCUAAACAUGUAUGUUUUCCCACUAUGGAAGUCAUUUGCACUUUCAUAAAACAGUGCCCAAAAAUGCACCCGAGAUUCAAACCAAGAGUAUCUUUUGAUAAAACGAAUUGUCACUAAACUCCUCAAACAAAGCAAUCUCUAGCAUUUUGAUAUGAACUGUCCCUUUUGCAAAGGUAAAUUUAAAAUAUUAAAAUAUAUAAUAUAAAAGAAAAAAACUUUUAAACAUCCUUCUGUUCAGUUUUUGAUUAGAGGUUUUGGGAUUACAAAAUUCACCCCUUUUUUAAAAAAACACACAAGUAUUGUACUCCCUGGCUUAGAUAUUAUAUAAACUUCUGCUGACCUAACUCAAAGUAAAUAUUUGAGAUUGUUGCAGUGAAUGUUUAAAAAUGCAGCUCAUUUUACACUUUGAAGUUGUAUAAUGUUAAUUUUUGUAGCUAUCAUCUCUGUUAUAAUCUUCAGACUAAACAAGUAUGUGCUGAACUGAACCAAACCCUUUUAUAUGAAUGGAUGAGAUGAAGUUUGUCCCCACAGACAACAGAUCUCAACUUCACAUCUAGUCAAACAGUUUUGGCUCCAAUGUCUUCGCUGGAUUUUUAUGUCAUUUAAUCAUUUCCUGCUAGAUUUCUUUUAAGCUGCAGCCAAAAUUUUAUAGCAUAUCAGUUGAUCAGAUAACAAAGAUAUCAAAGUUUUGAUUUGAAAACUUCAUUUAAUCUUUUCCAUCCUUGUCAUGUCUCAACUUUAUCUUGCAAGACUCUGUGGGUCGACAGCGCCCCUGCUCUCCUGGGCCGGGAGCCUGUUUCAGCAGUCCUAAACGUAGCCAAAACAUUUAAAGUGAGGUUUCAACCUGGAGGAUCUGUUAUGUCUAGAGCCGGGUUUCUGUUAUCCUUCAGAAACAGACAGAGCUGCACAAUUGUAAAUAUCUGAAAACACACGACACCUCCUCUCUAUGUCCCUGUUUCCAUUAUGGAAUUGUAUCAUGUCUGAGUAUUGAUCCUGGAAUUGAUCCCACGGAGUUGAGGGCUUGUGCAACACACUCCGUCAUCUCUCCAGCACCAGCAGUAGUAUGUUUUUUAAUUGCAGUCUAAGGCGCUCGGUUUUCAUGUUACCUUUGAAAAGCCUCAUUGAUUUUUAUACCACCCUUCAUCCUCUCUGUGCUCCGUUUUAAGAGCAAAUCCCUUGUGUCAGACUUUCCCCGAAUGUAAAAGCACGAGAUCUGCCAGUGCCUUUCACAAGGCUUCCAGGUGCUAUUCAGACACAUUAACACUCAAGUUUAAAAGUCAGAUGUGUGGAUUUUUUUUUCUGUUCAAAUAAAACAAAGAGGAAAAAAG